GUUACUUUGGUGGUCUUAGUCGCACUGAUGCUGAGCGGAAACUCUUACAGCCUGGUGUCAAGCAAGGAAUGUUCAUCGUGCGGGAUAGUGAGUCCAAGCUAGGUUCGUUUGCACUUUCUGUCCGUAACGACAACCGAGUGAUACACUACAAGAUUACGGUCGUCAACCACAAAUUCAAAAUUGAUACUGAAUGUAACAAUCAACGAGAGUUUGAAUGUCUUUAUGAUCUACUCCGUCAUUACCGAGGGGAUGCUGGUGGACUGAAUCUUUCCGACCCUUGCCCUAAGGAGACCCAAAAAACCAUGGGCUUGGACAAAGAUGACUGGGAAUCUCCCCGCGAGGCCCUGACGCUAGGAGAAAAGCUUUCGGUUGGCCGCUUUGGAGAAGUCUUUAAAGGUACUUGGCUUGGGAAGACCCCAGUGGCCAUCAAAACAUUCAAAGAGGGCACCAUGAUUGUGAAUGACUUCCUGGCGGAAGCCAAUGUCAUGAAGAAGCUUCGCCAUCCUAAACUCUGCCAACUCUUUGCAGUUUGCACUGAGAUGGAACCUAUCUACAUUGUCAUGGAGUUCAUGUGCAACGGCAGUCUAUUGGUUUACUUAAGAGAUGGCGAAGGACGCGACCUGAAGUUGCCCGAGCUUGUUAAAAUAGGAGCUCAGAUCGCAUCCGGCAUGGCCUACAUGGAGUUCAUGAAGUUCGUUCAUUGUGAUGUGGCUGCUAGGAACGUACUGGUGGGAGAGGGUAACAUCGUUAAGGUGUCUGAUUUUGGACUGGCCAGAAUGAUUGAGAAAACAGAGUAUACUGCAAAAAAAGGUACCGUCGUUUUCCCAGUCAAAUGGACAGCCCCUGAGACUUUCAUGUACGGACGAGUCAGCACCAAGUCUGAUGUCUGGUCCUUUGGUGUCUUGCUGACUGAGUUGGUCACGCAUGGAUGUAUACCUUACCCAGGUAUGUCGAACAAGGAUGUCAUGGAUAAGAUUCAGCACGGCUACCGCAUGCCCAAGAUGGCUGAUUGCCCUCAAACGUUGUACAAACUCAUGCUCAAGUGCUGGGAGAAGGAUCCCGCGGCCCGACACACAUUUCAGUUCCUGUGUUCCUACUUGGAUCAUUGUUUCGUUUCAACGGAGCCAGAUUGCUUAGAAGUUGAAUACAAUUUGUGUUGAGACAAGCACUAAUAAGAUAAAUGUACUGUACACAUUUCACAAGAAUUCUGUCAAUUAAAGACAUCCACAUAUGCUCACAAUAAAAUAAUCACUCCACAACAUCCACAAUUCCAGAACAUUUUCAAUAUUUUACCUGAGGUUUCUUUUGAUUGUAACUGCCCACUUUGUUUUAAUUUAGUGCAGAGGUAACGGAUGCUUUUUGUACGUGCCUCUGGCCGCAGAAUGCAGACCAGUCUUCCAUGAAAGAUACAACUAAUACGAGAAACAUCUUUAUUUUGUGCAUAUGGCCUAAAAGUAGAAAUAACGUGUAUGUGUCUUAUGUAGGAAUGGUUCCUGUAUAUAUUACUAGUAGGAGACGAGUUAUAUUAAUUUGCAUAAUCCGCAACAGAUUUCAAGUUCCGAAUGAUAAUAUUGUGUACUCUAUACUUCCAACAAAGUGCCUUAUAACAACGUAGCGCGACUGUAUACAUUUAAUAAUACAUGUAUUCAAAAUUAGCUGAAAGUUUUUACUGCAUUUCGUAAGUAAUUAGUUUUAAUUGUGGUUGGAAUUUGUUGGGCAAUUUUGGUACUUUCCAGCCAGCACAGAUAGGUCCAAUAGUGGGCUUAUCUUGGCAAACACAUAUAGCAGUGGGCUUAUCUUGGCAAAAACAGUUGACCAAUCUUGGGCAGAACAUGGCCAAUAUUGGCCUAGUAUUACCCAAUAUUGGGCCACGUUCGAAAUUCGUUCACUGGAGCAAAAUUGGUCCCAUUAUUGGCAACAAUGGCAAUAUGGGCAUAAUAUUGGAUAAAAACUACAGACCUUUGCCAAAGUAAAGGCCUGUAGUUUAACAUUGCAUCGGCAUAACAUUGCAGUGUUAUACUGAUAUUACCAUUGGUGUCAAUACACAAUGUAGGCUAUAUAAAUCGGACCAAAUUGUGUCAAUGAGCAGAAUGUACGUUGGUCAAUAUUGGGUAAUAUUGACUGAACAUUGGUAAGGGCCAGCCCAUGCCAAAGUUCAGCCAAUAUUUUGCCCACAUUGCCAUAUUUACCAAUAUAGCACAAAUUUUGCGCCAAUGAGUAAA